CACAGAAUAUAAUAAUGGUUUAAUAUUUCAAAAUUCUCAUUACUUAAAAAAAUGAAAUAUAAAAAAGAAAGGCGUACACAACCAUUAAUAAUAUUGUCCCGCUUUAAUGUUUGACCGCGUAUACAUGUGCUGCAGUUGCCAUGAAAACGUCGGCACAAACUGUGGCGGCCUCCUGCAGUAUUCCGUGAGAGAACACUUUUAAGUAGCAAAAUAAAUUGCUGCGGCGUGUAUUGUGUUCCUUAGUCACUGCUAAGAGAGGCGUGAUAGGGUGACAACACAGAACACACUGGAUACAGGCUCUAAUAUCCCACGCUUCACCCCGGCCACACCAUGGCGGACGGUGAAAGACCCGGUCAUGGAGGAGACCGACCUGCACCGUGCCAUCACCGACGGCUCUGGGAAAUCCUUGUCGCAGGCCCUGAGGAUUAUCGAGCGCAUGACUAAAGAGGAACUACUUCUCAAAAGUCAGGAAGACACUGGGACGUUCCUCCACCUCCUGGUGUCCAAUAGCGAGUUGUUCUGGUCUAAGAACGCCAGCGUUAUGCCCGCCGUCCCCAUUAUCUAUAAGUUGGCGCUGUCUGGACUGGACGUGAACGCCCGGAAUAUCCAUGGGAAUACAGCCCUCCAUAUAGCCUGCUUCAAACCACAUGCUGAGGCGUUUAUUGAACACCUGAUACGAAUAGGUUUAGAUCCUUGCCUCAGCAACAGGAAAGGCUGCAAAGUCAUUCACUCUUACAGUCAUCGUUUAUGCCAGAUCAUUAAGGGACAGCCGGCAGCCAAGUCUGGGUUCUGGAGUGCAGUUGACUGUGAAGAUCUGGUCCUGGCUGAGAAAUACCUCAAAAUGUGGUGUCGGGUGAAGGUGAAGCGGGCCACGAAGACGCUGAAAGACGUGUGCGAGGACACAGGUAGCACGGAAAUGAUGAAUCUCCUGAACAAAUACGAGCUGAUGAAUGAGAUGGUCUGUGCAGCAAUGGCAGGAGACACCAAUAAAGUCAGCGCCAUGCUACAAGAUGCAGGCAGAGCCAUUGACCUUAACACCAAAGACCACUCCUUCGAAGUCCCCAAGCCUCUGGUCAUCUCACUGCAAGAAAUCGGUCAAAUGAUAGAACCAGUGAUUACAAUACUGCUGAACAAUGGCUUUAACAAUGGCAGUGAUUAUGCAGAUCAACUGGAGCGGUAUAAAACUUCGUUCGAAGAAUCUCAACUUUUCGCAAAACUGGAGGAGAGCACAGUUGACUCCUAUCUGGAAGCAAUCCAGCUUCUCCAGUCGGAUACCAGCUCUCUGGACCUGAAGCUGAGAAGUCACAAGGAGAACACCAAGGGGUGGACCUAUCUUCACUACGUGUGCCAUCUGUACAAAAACGCCACCAAUAUCAUUCUGAAAAGACUUUUGAUCAGAAUUAUAUACAAUCUCGCACUGGCUGGUAUUGACGUGAACAUACGAGAUUCCUCUGGGGAGUCUGCGCUGAUUAAGGCGUUUGAAGAGGAGGACCAAACCCUAUUGUUUCAUAUAUUAAGAAUAGGUGUUGACCCCUCUAUAGCCACCCCUGACCACCGGGCAGUGGCCAUAACCAAUUACAAGUACAAGGGUAAAUUUGUUCUGACAGGGAGUUAUAGGCGGGUCGAUCAACCGGGCCUCUGGGUUGCAGUCGAGGAUCAGGACUUGGAGAGAACGCGGUGUUGGGCGGAUUCAUGGGCGCGUGUGAACGUGAAGAAGAAUGACCGCAGUUUAAAGCAUGUUGCCAUGGCGCUAGAGAACAGACAGUUGGUCAGUUUACUGGAAGAGAGCGAACACACCAUGGAGUUUGUCUGUGCCGUAUUUGCGUGUCACCUGGAAAGGAUGAAGAAGCUUUUGGCUUUGGGCAGAGGGAAGUGUCUUGUGAACCCCAUCGACCCUUAUUACAUCGCUGGGUUUAAGACCGACUACAGUGUAGAGUACGUACAGAGACCUCUGAUCAUUCCCGCUUUGGAGAUCUGUACGCCAGAAGUGAUAGACUUCCUAAUACAGUUUGGAGCUGAUCUGGGGAAACACUAUGAGGCAACCGCCCCCUGUGGACCUGCGGCAUUCUGGGCAUUUAGAGACGACAUUGACAGUCGUAACACCCUGGUUGUGGCACAGCGGGCAGACGUCACACAUCUGAGGGACGAGCGAGGGGCCACCAUGUUGCAUCUGGCCGUCAAGCGGAAGAACAAACACCUCAAAGAAGAAAUCGUCCGCGUUCUUCUUGAGCGGGAUAUUAACAUUGCUGCCCGUGACAUUGAUGGCCUGACAGCAAGAGACUAUCUAGAGAAAUAUGGAGUAGAAAACGCUGAAUCCCUGAGAAGCAUCAUCGAUGAGUUUGUGAUAUAUUUUGUUACUGACGAUCAGAUUGAGAAAGUAGAGCAGCUAAUCCUGGAGGGGUACGACCAUAUACUAGAUAUCCAAGGAGUAACGAAGAAAGGAAGAAGAAUGCACACAAGGGAACUGGCCGAAAUGAAGCAGUUAAAAGACAUGAUAAAACUACUAGAUGAAAUCCCUGAGUAUGAGCGAGAAAUCAAAGUGAUGCACUCAGCUAUUGAAAACGCCGACAUCAAGACUAUUUCCAAGAAAGCGCAAGAAAAAAGGAUAGCAUGGGGGACAGACAGGGGCGGUAGGUCACUAAUGCAUAAAGCCAUUGUAUACGAACAACCGAACGUUGUGGAUUUCCUGUCACAGCAGUUUCCAAACAUGGUUUACAUGAAGGAUAACCUACUACGCACGCCCCUCCACUAUUGUGCUAGCCUAAAAGACAAGAAGAAAACCUACGGCAAGAUUUGGUCCAUCCUCAGUCCUGCCGGAGGACACAACAAUCUAGAAGCCAACAACCUGACAGUUCAUGAUUACCUUCGAGAAAUGGAAAAGGAAACCCCAAAGAAAGAAAAGCCAAGAGGAAGGCAAUUUUAUGACUACAAGGUUCGAGAUUUAGUCCAAGUUGAAAGACAAAGACAGUACUUUGACAUGACCACCCUCACGCGAAGUCAAGAACAGGCAGUUUCAUAAAACAAUGCCCAAGGAAGAUACUAUAAAUUUAGACUUUAGAAAUAUGAAAGAAAACGAUAUAUUUUAAGUCUGGAUGUUAUCCUGUGCAUUAUCUGUCUCAUGAAAUAGCACUUGACCCAGGUACAACCGCAAGGGAAGAAUUGCAAUGUGGACUGCGGUUCAGUUUAAAAUAAUUCCAAAAAAUAUACAUUUGUGCCAAUUUUUAACUGUAUCUUUUCUACUUUUAUCAAAUCAACGUGUACAAGUUUAUAAACCAGUAACUAGUUGUGAUGAUGGUGGUAAUGAUGAUGAUAUAUCGUUGGACAUUAAUUGAUCACAUCGUCCAAUGAAGAAGAACCAUGAGAAGGGGUUGAUAGACUGAAUGUCUAACACUAUCUGGCGUAAUACACACACACACACACACACACACACACACACACACACAUAUCGACACAACCUUUACUAAAUGCAAGGCGAUGGCUGUUUGAAAUCUUCUUGCAAAACUACUAAGUAAGCCCCAAUGGUGAUGGUGGCAAUGAUGAUGAUAUAUCGUUGGACUUUAAUUGAUCACAUCGUCCAAGGAAGAAGAAUCAUGAGAGGGGGUUGAAAGACUGCCUGGCGUAAUGCUUAGGGACCGCUGUAUUCGCGCAAUGAAGAAAUGCCCAAAGAAGUUCUAAAAGAACUCAUUUCAGUGGGUCAUAUAUAUAUAUAUAUCGACACAACCUUUACUAAAUGCAAGGCGAUGACUAUUUGAAAUCUUCUUGUAAAACUACUAAAUAA